AUGACUUAUGGCGAGUUCAAUGCAGCGCUCGACAGCGCCUGCCAGGAAGAUGACUUUGCCAAGUACCGCGCCCUGUGGGAAUACAUUUGGGUGGUCCGCAAGGACAACCAAGCCUUUGAUGAGGCUCUGUUGGCCGAUGGUGGCAUCAAACAUCUGAAAUAUGCCUUUCGCCAUAGCGACUCCACAUGGCGUGAAGCUGGAGUCCGAGUUUGUCGUACCUUUUUCCACAACCAGGAGGCCCGUGAGAAGUUGGUCCUCUUGGACUUCGUAGGCUCCAUGAUGGUCCUCACCAUGCCCAAAGAAGGCUUGGAUUUGGAGGAUGAUGAAGGACAUGACGGAGCCGAGGAGUUUGGCUUUCAACUCUUAGCUGCUGAAACCAUCCUGGAAAUGGCGGACUAUCCAGAGUUCAUGCCAUCGCUCUGUUCCACCAGUGUUUUGAACUUCCUCUGCAUCGCCUUGAACCAGGUUCCAGCAGCAGUGGAGACGGUGACCCACACUUUCGUGAAAAUCUCCAGUGAUCCCCAAAAUCUACAGGUCUUCCUGGGAGGUUCUGUGGGCGAUAUCUUGGAGUCGUUUUUUAAAUCCACGAGUUGCCACCGCCCGACCAAUCCUGCGAUGCAUCAGCAAUGGGCCCUGAAUAUUUCCGCCCUGGCGCACUGUGCCAACAGCAUGGGCACGAUGAUCAAAUACGACCACGCCUGCCAAGUGGACCUCAUGACCAUCGGCAGUAUUUUCACCAGCAUGUCCGACAACCUUCGCUUGAUCUCGGAGUUGUCGCGACUCUUCUACUGGGUCUGUCGAAAAUCUCAGGACCUCUUCGCAACCUUGGUCGAGUCUGCAGGGGGCAACAUGGAAGGUUUGGACACAUUGCUCUACUCCUUGGUGGCCACCUGGAAGCAAUCUGUGGACUUGCAUCAACGACUGCAAGAAGGAUCUGCUUCAGGCUUGGAGGAUUUCCUGAUUGACGACUUGGAGCCGGGGUGGGAUGGUUGGAAAACGUUGGAAACACUGGAGCCACGAGGAGCGAACCGAGAUCCAGCCCCUGAGCUUGCAAGAAUUUGGCUGUUUGGAUCUGAGGAGUUCAUCCACAAGAAGGAAUACGCUGAGAUGCGGCUCUGCUACAUGAACUGUUUGUUGUGGGUGUUGCUGCCACAAGAAAACCUCCGAUGGCGAUUGAAAGACUUCGGCCUCAAGGAUCUGCAUUUUGCCGUGGAGUUGAGACAACCCAACCUGCUGCAGGUGAUUCUGGGAACCAUGCGACACUUGCUGGACCAGGAACACGCACAGCAAUGUCACCAACUCAUGCAAUUCUUCGGGGAGCAGCUGCUCAUCUUCCUGGAUUUGGCAAUCAGAGGCAAGUUUCCUGACAGCCUAUUGCGUUUGCUGCUGGAUGCAGUAUCUAUCCUGUCCCUUCAGCGAGAUAUGCAAAAACUUCUGGCAACGUUCAACAUCUACGGGAAGUUGAACAGGCUGGUGCGCAAGUAUCGCGAUCGAAACAGCAACCGCGAUCACCGGAAGAUUGAGCUGGCUGUCUUGCCAGAGCCCAAGUUUGAUCCAUCAGAGCUAGAUGUUGAAGUUGAUGUAAGCCGUUUCCGUAUCAGGCGCGUGAUGUCACAAGUUGCAGUACAUCCUGCCCACAGAUUAGGCUUUGUGGCCAAGGUGCCGGAUGUCUUGCUCCCUUUCGAUUUGGAAGCAGACGAAGUGUAUCCUCCUCGAGAGGAGUUUGAAGAGCAGCUUGAAGGUUGGAUAAAGCGAAAAGACGAGCACUGCAAGACAAUCGCCUCCCUUCUGCUGAACCUCUUUGAGGCACACUGUCAGCUCAGCCAUGGAAGAUGGGAUCCAGGGCUAGCUUUUGAGGAGCAGAAGUUCCAACAGCAAGAUCCAAGUCGUUUAGAGACCACCCUGAUCAGCAUCUUCGACUGGUGGCAGGUGAACAGCACUACCAGCUAUGAACGGGAUCGAGAGGUCUCAGAAGCGCGCACUGCCAUCAGUCUUCCAGAUCGGUUGAAAGUGGCGAUGAUGAGAGCAGAGGAGAAGCAAGCUCUUACCAGUAUGGAGACCAUGUCAUCCUGCGCGCCCUACGAAUGUGUGGUGGCACUGUCCCUGUUCAGCCGGUUGGCCUUGGAGCCGAAAUUCAAGAGGCUGUUCUACAAUCACUUGGAGCCUUUGCUGGCUUGUGUUUGUACGGGCAUUGCUGCAGAAGCUCGGGAGGCAGCUGCGACCUUGGCGAAUCUCAUGUGGGCUCCAGAUCUCAACCAAGAGCAGCUGGUGUGUUGGCUGAAGUUUGAUGGAUCAAGUUGCCUUACAGUGGACGCGGCCAAUGUGCUGCUCCCGGUGCGCGCGGGUGACCCGAAACCCGUGGCCAUUGGCCAGGGCAUGUGUGGAGCCUCAGGGUGGAAGGGUGUGAGGUACAAAUCCACAUGGGGAGUGGAGUUCGUCAGUCUAACCUUCCAUCCAGAUGGUUUCAAGACCUACAACGUCCCUGCACUCCUUACCACGGCAUCACCACAGGAUACGUUCAUGAACACCUCGCAAAGUCCGUACCAGUGGUAUCACGAGCCAAAUCCCCGGCACUUCACAAUCAGUUGCUGGUUCUUUUGGCCGCUGUGCAGUGAUGAUGGGCUGAAGAGUAGAGAGGGUGGCUGCCAAUGUGUGCUGCUCCAAAGCUCUCCGCCUGAGAUGUUGAUUCAAAUCUUUGUUCACUUCGACAAGGAAAACCCGGAGGGAAUUUGGACCCUGGUGGACUAUGAAAGGACGAAACAUGCCAUCAAGACUCCAAAGUUGAAUCCUGGUUGGCACUUGUUGACAGUAGUCUCAUCUACAACCGAAAGCCCUGCGCAGAAGUACAAUGGAACCAAGUUCUUCCUGGACGAAUGGUGCAAGCGGUUGCCAAAAGUGCGGGGCCUCUGCUUCGGCUGA